AUGGUGGUGAUGGCGAUGGAAGCAGUGGCACCCUCUGUCCUCAGGGCUUCCCGAAAUAGCUCCCGGGUCACCGCUGUGGCCCCCAGGCGCAGCCAGGGCCCCCCUCUGUCUUCCCCUGGCCCAGCACUGGCAGCAGUCGGCGUCCCGUUGGCUCCGGGAGCAGCAGCCCUGCACGCAGCCCGUGGCAGAGGCCAGCUGGCCCUGAGGACCCAGCCCCCAGGGCUCCAGCGCAGAGCACUCCCUCCGGGCUCUCUGCUUCCUCGUGUCUCACCAAACAGCUCUUUCUCCUCCUUCCCCAGCCCGAGGGAUCGCAAUAGCUACACUGGCUACAGGGGCCUGGAGCAGGAGCCCUUCCUUCCGCGGGGUAGGUUCAUUCGUCACGUGUGCAACGCCACGGUCCUACAUGCAAACUCAUGUGGAGUGAUUUUUUUGUGUAGCUUAGUUGGCAUUUUUAUGUUCCGAGUUGAUGUGUUCGUUAUGUUCCGAGAGUUGACGUUGUCCAUUCCCAUCGCAGCCCGCUUUGCUGCCGCGUGUCCCGCCUGUGUCGGACGGCCACGCCGCGGGUGUCCGCGUGCCUGCGUGCGUGCCUGGGUCCGUUCGGUUGGGUUCUGCCUUUGCUUUCUGUCCUCGAGUGGAGUUUGUAUCGAGCAACCUUCUUUUGGCAUCUGACUCCUUAGGUUUGUACUUCCUCACCAAUGUAUACUUUACAUCAGUAGGCUAUGUAAAGUAUUUUUGUGCACUUGAUUUCAUUGGUUAAUAAUGGCAUUGAUGUGGGUGCUAGGAGUAGUUUGUUUCAGUCCAUACCAUUUUUUUUCUCUCUUAGAGUUUUUACGGUUUCAUGUAAGCAGUUAAUGUAAAUAUUGUGAGCAUUACAGGUCAUGCGGUGUUGUAACAUUUUAAGAAAUGUUGCACCUACUUUGCGAUUAAAAAACUGGUCACUCAUACUUGAA